AUGACCUCUAAUUCCUCUCCAAGCACAUGGUGUUGUCUAUCAUGGCUUCACGUUGCAAUGUUCUUGGUCCUUUCGACCACCUUCUACACCCCCAUGGUCUCUUGCUCCAAAAUUGACAACCCUAAUUACAACAAACACUGUGCCUCUAUUGUCCCUGAAUCAACUCCCAAUGAUGUUCCCGAAUUCACCACCAUCCCUUUUGCUGCAGAGCAAGGUGGGUACUUUCUUGGCGGGGAAGACAUAUCGAAUCAUCCAAACUCAUUUCGUUACCAUUAUCGAACGAGUAACAGGAGAGAGCUAUUCAUUAAUACCCACAGUGUCUAUAGUACUGAUGCUGAUGAUGUCUUUAAGGUUGAGGCGAGUUUGGUCCUGAGAACCUCGGAUAUGGAGUUUUACGUGUACGACGACAGAUCUUGGAGGGGUCCUUUGAGUUUUGAAGUAAAAGGGUUCUGGUCAAUAUCUACCGGCAAGCUUUGCAUGGUGGGCUCUGGUUCAACUUACUCAGAGGAGGGUAAACAUGUUGUUCUUGCCGCUCUACUCAAGCUUGAUGGAGUUAGAAAUUCCAGCAUUAUCAGUAGUUUGGUGAGGGGAAUAUUGGAAAGCUCGAGUACUGCUGGUGAUUCAGGAUAUUUUAAGCCAAUCUCCUUGUUGAUGUUCCCUCAAAAUAAUUACGAGUUCACUGAGGUUGGAAAAGCACUCGAUCAUGUCUGUAGCGGGGGGAUUGAUGUUCCAAAGAGUUUGUCACUAAGCUUAAAGCUGAGUACACCUAUUUGCAAUGCAUUCACUCGUUGGGAUACUUUUUUUAAACUGGAGUAUUCAAGUGGUUGCAAGUCCACAAGUAGUUGCAAUCCUUUUGGUGAGGGUGUUGGAUAUUUACCCCAAAUCAUGUCCUUGAAAUUAAUUCAAUGUUUAGAAGAUAAAAAAAGAUUGAGAUUCCUGAUAGAAUUCCACAACAGUAGCUAUGUUGAUUAUUACCACCCCUUCACUCCAAACACAACAUUGGUUGCGGAAGGAUCAUGGGAUGUGAAUAAGAAUCAGCUAUGUGUUGUUGGCUGUCGAAUCUUGAAUUCAGCCAACUCGUUCAAUAAAUCUCAUAUUGAGGAUUGUUCAUUGAGGUUGAGUUUCAGAUUCCCUGCCGUUUGGUCAAUCAGAAAUACUAGUGGUAUGAUGGGGCAUAUUUGGAGUAACAAACAUGAGAAUGAUCGGGGUUACUUCAAUACGAUCAUGUUCCGAAGUUAUGAAAAUUUUGUAGCUGGGAUCCCCGGGUCGAAGUACCAGUACACUGUUGUUGAUAAAGCAAGAAAGUCAUGCUCAGAGAAGCAGCCUAGAAAGAAGAAAGGAAAGAAGCAUCCAGAUGCAAAUUCGAAUAACAUGAGGUUCGAUAUGGUGGUCAGGAACUCCAAGAGAAGAAGAAUAGGAUGGGGCUACUCUCAGCCCAUCGCUGUGGGUGAUCAAAUUUCUCGACGUAACGACUUUGUGAUUUCAUCAAGCUCGAGGGCUGCUUACUCUCCGGUUGAUGGAAAAACCAACCACAGCAUCCCACUGAACAUCAGCUACCGCAUGAGCUUCCAGCUGAAUGAGUCUACUUAUGUUCAAGUCUUUUCUGAAGGAAUUUAUGAUGCUGAAACAGGAAAACUUUGUAUGGUGGGGUGCAGAUAUCUUGACUCAAACAAUCGGACAUCAGACAAUGAUUCAAUGGACUGUAAGAUUCUUAUAAAUGUCCAGUUCCCUCCAGUAGAUUCAAAUGAUUAUAUCCAGGGAACCAUUGAAAACACUCGGAAAAUAUCCGAUCCUCUGUACUUCGAGCCUCUUUCUUUUUCUGCAGCUUCAUUUUACGGUCAGCAUUCGAGGGAGUCAAUAUGGAGGAUGGAUCUGGAGAUCAUCAUGUCUUUGAUCUCUAAUACUCUCGUUUGUGUCUUUGUGGGAUACCAGAUCUCGUAUGUGAAAAAGCAUCCCGCUGUUUUCCCUUUCAUCUCACUUCUCAUGCUUCUAGUCCUUGCUCUCGGGCACAUGAUCCCUCUAAUGCUGAAUUUUGAAGCUUUGUUUGUGCCAAAGGAAAGUCGCACAACAGUCCUUCGAAGGAGUGGUGGAUGGGUGGAAGCGAAUGAGGUAAUUGUAAGGGUAAUCACGAUGGUAUCUUUUCUGCUGCAAUUCCGACUUCUGCAGCUUGUAUGGUCUGCACGAUUCGCUGAUGGGAAGCGAAAGGCGUUCUUGGCUGCUGAGAAGACGACACUCUAUUUGUCUUUGCCACUAUAUAUAUCUGGAGGUUUAAUUGCUUUGUAUGUGAAUUGGAGGAACAACAAGGUUGGUGAGGGCAUGGAGUACGCUUACAGCAGCGCUUAUCAGCGUUCCAUUUGGGUGGAUUUAAGAUCUUAUGGUGGUUUGGUACUCGAUGGUUUUCUCUUCCCUCAAAUCCUCCUCAACAUUUUCCACAACUCCACAGAAAAUGCCCUCUCUCGUUUCUUCUACUUAGGAACCACAUUUGUGCGCUUGCUCCCACAUGCAUACGAUCUAUACAGGGCUAACUACUAUGUUGAAGAUUUUGAUGGAUCAUACAUGUAUGCCGACCCAGGUGGAGAUUAUUAUUCCACUGCCUGGGAUGUCAUUAUUCCUCUAGUGGGCCUUCUUUUUGCUGCUAUCGUCUACCUGCAGCAGCGCUUCGGUGGCUGUUGUUUCAUGCCAAAAAGAUUCAAGGAGCUAGAAGGAUAUGAGAAAGUACCAGUGGCUAGUGACGCAUAA